GCCAGAUCGUGAGAGUUCCACAAGCUACGGAGGCACCCGAAGUAAAGAAAGUGACUUUCCUGGAUCGCCUUUUUGGUUUCCUCGACAAGGAACUCAAGCCCGAAGUAGAAAAUUUCAUCUCGAAAGGAAAAGAUUACUUGGAGGAACUGGAACUUGAGAAGAAAGGAAAAGAGAUUGUCGAAAAAGCCAAAGAGUAAGAUGGGGAAAUCAUUUGUUUAUUUAUUUAUUAACUUAAUUACGGCCUUUCAUACAUGAACAAAUAGAUGUUAAAUUUAAGAGUAUACACAUAGCCAUAGGUGAGAAAACGUUUGAAGGUAUCAAGCAUACAACUCACCUGCGACAACGUAAGCGAAUUGUGUGCUUGAUUCACACAGUACAACUCAAGUUGUAAGCAGGUUGCAUGCGACAGUUUUAGGAAAAAGUUGUGGAGUGCAAAUUGACCUUAAGAGCAACAAGUUGGGUUGUACUGUAAGAGCGAUACUUGGAACGAUAAGUCUUCCAAGUGCGCAUUCGAUUGACGGCAAAGGUGGAUUCACGUUUUGAAAAGGUAGUGAGAAUACACAUUGUGUUUGAAAGAGGAAAUAGAGAUACAUUCAAUGAUAUGAGGGGGAAGACUGUUCCAAACAAAAACAAUCCGGUUGAAAAACGAGUCUCUAAAAAGAGAAGUCUUGCAAAGAAUAGGAGUUAGAUUCGUAGUUCAAACAUGAACCACGAUAGUUUAUUGUAUAGAAUCUUACCUACACUAAAGCCCACAUUCGAGAUCAUGAAAAUAUUGCCUAGUUGUGCGUGGCUAAGUCUUUCGUUGUUACUUUUCCAGGUUUGUGGACACCACAUCCAAGAAAAUCUGGGAAAACCUGGAAUUGGAAAAGUACUCCAAGCUUUUCCAAGAAAGAUUGGAAGAUGGCAAAAAGAUCGCUGAAGAAAUCCGCGAGCAAGUUGAAGAAUUCCUUCGACAAUUGCAAGAAAAAGCGAAAGAACUGAAAGGCAGGCUUCCUCAGACCUUGGUUUCGUUGACGAAAUUGAACCAGGAGAUGCAAGAGCGAGUCAAGACGCUUCAGACGCAAAUGGAAGAUUUACAAGCCAAAGCGAACAAGGCUUACCAAGACGGACAAGAGAAAGCACUCGAGCAUAUCGAAGAGCAACUCGAAAUGGUCAGAGGACAGUUGAAACUUGCCAAAGAGCAAACCACGGUAAUUAAUUGCAUUCAAUCAAAACCCGGUCAUGCAGUUUUGAGUACAUUCGUCUGAUUCAGAUGUUUACUUUCAAGGUUUUGAAAGGAAAAAUCGAAGAAUAUUUGCGCGAGUUGAAACUUAAAGGUGAAGAACUCCGAGAAAAUGCCGAACAACAAGUGGAAGAGUUGAAAGACGUGGCACAGCAAUCAUUCGGCAAGGUAUGUAGACUUGUCAUGCAGCUACCAUCAUCACCACCAUCAAACGAUAAUUACCACUAUCAUCAUCAUCACCACCAUUCAUCAUGAUCAGCACCAUCGUCGUCAUCAUAACCAUGAUCAUCACAAUCAUCACCACCAUCAUAAUUAUCAGCACCAUCAUCACCACCCUUAAUAAUCAUCAUCACCACCACCAUGAUCAUCACCACCACCAUAAUCAUCACUAUUGCCAUCAUCAUCACCAUCGCCACCAUGAUCAGCGUGACCCAAUAUUGAUUUAGUCAUGGACCAUCUUUUCUCUAAAUAUACUCCCAAGGUGAAAGAUCAAUACAAAAUCGUGAAGCAAAAUGUUGAGGAAAAUAUCGAGAAAGCCAAAGCGAAAUUCGAAGAAACAAAAGAAAAAGCGAAAGAACAUAUCGAGAAGCUGAAAGAUCAAGCAAAAGAAAUCAGGAAGGACGUGGAAGCAAAGGUCAAAGACUAUGUCGAGAAGCUCAACGACACUGUUUUGGACAUGAGGGAAACUGUCUUAGGUCAUGUAGAAACACUUAAGGUAAGUCGAAGUCAUAGGAGAUGAAAACAGUAGACUAAAACCCCGUUUACAGUACUACGCUCAAUUUUUGGACUACCUAUUUAGCUAAGCCCCGUUUACAUUACGUUCAACGUUCAAUUUUUGGUACCGUACCACUUUUUGGUUCUUAGAUUACCUUAACAAAAAAGUGGUACGGGUACCAAUUUUAUCCGUGCCGUACCAAAAAUUGAGCGUAGUAUAAACGGGGCUUAAGCUAGCCAUAACAACAGGUCAUUCUGUGAAAAUUUUGAAUGAUUUGCAUUGUUCAAACCUUUAGAAAUGUAUUGUCUUUAACCUAUUUAGAUGCAAGUUUAUUCAAGCAUAGCAUGACCAGUUGCCAUGGCUAUCUACGUCACUAAGACAGUUAAGACUGAAGGUCGAAACGAGAGCUCCUGAAUAUAAUUUGUUCAGGGUCUCAGGGAAUGAAAUAAUUUACGUACCAGAGCAGCGGUACAUAAUUGAUGUACUCAAAUAGGUCAACGUUAAUUUGGUGUACGUUUUGAAGGUGAUUGAAAAACGAACAAAGAAUGGAGUGGACAUCAGAGAAUAGUUCAGAACUGAUAUAGCUAUAGAGUUAAAAAUAAACUUAGUUUUAUCUCUCUCAUAUUAGGGGGGCUUCAGAUUUGACUUCUACUACAGCCAUCUCUCAGUUACCGGUUCUCACGCAAAAACGCACAAGUUUUGACAAACCUGCAGCAAAUUUGUAGCAAUGCUGUUCCAACAACUUGUCAACUGGAUGUGUUCGCACUGCUUGUUCCCAGCUUGUUGACAAGUGGUUAACGGCUUGUUGACAACUUGCUAUAAGGUUGUUGAGCUCAACAGACUUGUUCCAAUUUGUUCCAACAACUUGUUGUCGUCCUGCAAUUCAACAAUUUGUCAACAAGUUGUGCGUGACAACGUUGUAGCAACUUCAUAAAAUAACAGCGUUGUUCCAACUUGUGGACAAGCUUGCUACAAGCCUGUUGCGAACACAUCUUGUUGACAAGUUGUGAGACUUUUACGUGUUUAUAACACGGUUAAACCGUUGCUAUUUAAAUUCCUAGAGCAAAGCCACCGAUUAUAAAGACACCUUGGAAGAUAGAUUUGAUGAAUACAAAAUCAAAGCUAACGACAUGAAAACGACCAUCACAGAGCACGUGAACAAAUUAAAAGACAACAUGAAAGAAGUCAGAGAAACCGUUGUUGGUCACGUGAAAAAUUUCCGCGAAAAAGCCGACGACCACGUGAACAAAUUGGUGGAAAAGGCCAAAGAAGUGAAAGAAAGAGUAGAAUCCGAAAUCCAAAAGCGACCCGGGAGAAUUAAUUAA